AUAAAAACGGUUUGACACUUGGCUUAACUGGGGCCAUUUUCAUUUUUCAUUCUUUGACUUUCGAUCAGAACUUCGGUUGAAGGUCCACGAUAUAAUUUUUGGAGUCGAGAAUAGUGUGAAAUGGCUUUCGGCGACUAUCCAGCAGAGUACAAUCCAAAAGUACACGGUCCUUAUGACCCCGCUCGUUAUUAUGGCAAACCUGAUACUCCAUUCAGCCAGGUAAAAUUGGGAGAACUCGCAUCAUGGUUUGGUCGUCGCAGUAAGCACCCAUCUGCCGCUGCUGGAGCUGUCAGCAGAGCUUGGUGGAGGUGGCAACACAAAUACGUGCAGCCAAAAAGAGCAGGAAUUGCUCCAUUUUUGCAUGUAGUCUUCGGUUCGAUGGCUGUAUUUUACGUGCUUAAUUACGGCAAGAUAAGUCACCACAGGAAUUACAAGUACCAUUAAUCGCUGAACUAUUAUUCGAUUUAGUAGUAUGUCGUAAAAUUUCUGUUAUUCAGUAAAAGGCUUGGAUAAUAAAUGUUAUACUAUCUAA